GUUCUUUUCAUAUGAGUAAGACCCUGAAAUGUAGAAGAGCAAGAAAUUUUUUAGCUAAAUAAUUUAUUUUACAUUUUUUGAUCCCUACUUAUGAUUUCUCUCAUAAUUUUCUUUAGUCAACUGAAAGGCGUUCAUCGUCAAGCUUGCUGUGUUGUGGAUACGGUGGGCGUCUGAGAAGGAAUUUUGAGACAGAAAAAUCAAGAAAAUUAAGAGGAUUUUACUUUAGAUCUGGGGUCACGAGAGUUGUGAGGGGUAUUAUAUUGGUUCAUUUCAUAUAGACACUUAAGCUUGUUCUUUUUGCUUGCACAAUAUUAAAAAGAAAAAAGAAAUCUUGAGGUUUUCUUUGGAUUUUAGCCUUGUUUUCUUGUUCUGUAGAAGUAUUUGAGUUUUUGGAGGGUUACUUGAUACUUAAUGGGGAUUUGCUUGAGCAACCAAAUCAAGGCUGAGAGCCCUUUUCAUACUGGUGCUAUUUCAUGUAAAAAUGUGAGCGGAAAUGGGACAGAAUUAAGUAAAUCAGGCAGCAAGGCCUCGUCCAUACCCUCGACUCCUUGGAGUGAGGGUGAGAUCUUGCAGUCCUCCAACUUGAAAAGCUUCACUUUCAGUGAUCUUAAAGCAGCCACAAGAAACUUUCGCCCCGACAGUGUAUUAGGGGAAGGGGGUUUUGGUUCUGUUUACAAAGGAUGGGUUGACGAACACUCACUUGCAGCAUCAAAGCCUGGGGCUGGGAUCGUUAUAGCUGUUAAGAGGCUAAACCAAGAAGGGUGGCAGGGUCACAAGGAAUGGUUGGCAGAAAUUAACUAUCUUGGGCAGCUUCGCCAUUCUAAUCUUGUGAAAUUAAUUGGUUACUGUUUAGAGGAUGACCACAGAGUUUUGGUUUAUGAGUUCAUGCCCAAGGGUAGCAUGGAGAAUCAUCUAUUCAGGAGAGGUUCUUACUUCCAGCCACUUUCCUGGAGCCUAAGAAUGAGAAUUGCUCUAGGUGCUGCAAGAGGACUUGCCUUUCUUCACAGUGCUGAGGCAAAAGUAAUAUAUCGAGACUUCAAAACUUCCAAUAUCUUGCUUGAUUCGAACUACAAUGCAAAACUUUCUGAUUUUGGGUUAGCGAGGGAUGGGCCAACUGGUGAUAAGAGUCACGUCUCAACUCGAGUUUUGGGAACUUAUGGAUACGCUGCUCCUGAGUAUCUAUCCACAGGCCAUUUAACUGUCAGGAGUGAUGUAUACAGCUUUGGAGUGGUACUUUUAGAAAUUCUGUCUGGUAAGAAAGCAAUAGACAAGAAUCGUCCAUCGGGGGAGCACAAUCUGGUUGAAUGGGCAAAACCUUAUCUUGUUAACAAACGUAGAAUGUUGCGCAUUCUUGAUUCCCGUCUUGAAGGCCAGUACUCUACGGAUCAAGCCUUAAAGGCAGCUACCGUUGCGCUUCAAUGCUUAUGCACGGAACCCAAGUUGAGGCCAAAAAUGAUCGAGGUCGUAACUGCUUUAGAACAGGUUCAAGAGUCGAAGAACACUUCAAAAAUUGAUCAGAACUGUCACAUAUCAAAUCAACACAGCCAACAUCACAAGGGACAUAGGUCACACCGAAGCAGUGCUGAAGAAACUCGUGGAGUAACGGCUUAUCCCAGACCUGCAGCUUCCCCACUUUACGCGUAAGAGAAGAAAGAGAGGCAUGGCAUAAUCUUAUUUGGUUUAGCAUAAACUUCUUUCUGGUUAACUAUAUUUUGAAAGGUAUGUACAGUUUUUAUUGUGGCUGUAUGCUUUUGUACUCGAUAGGACAGGAUGGCGUUCUGAUUUAUCAUCAGCUUGCUGCUGGAAAUGUUGUAGGAUGCUUUUAGCAUGGAAAUCAAAAUUUUGUCAAAAAUAUUUAAUGCUUUAUGUUUUUGAGGAUGUC